AUGACGUCUAAACUCCUUUCCGCUUUGUCUCGCGACAUUGGACGUAUAUUCGAUGAUACCGAAAAGUUCGAUGUAGAGAUAGAAGUGGGAGAAAAACCAAAUCUAGCAUGUUUUCAGGCGCAUUCACUAAUUUUAAAGUCUCGGUCGGAAACCCUGAAGAAUGAACUUGCGGAAUGUGAGAAGGUGGAUGGGAAAUUUUCUUUGCGAAAAGCGAAGAUGGAUCCAAAAAUCUUCGAAGCUGUUUUGAAAUAUAUCUACAAUGCCACAAUAGAGUUGGAAGACCAAGAAGUACCCCGACUUCUUGAUACCUUGGUUGUCGCAGAUGAGCUGCUCUUACACGAACUUGCUGAUCACAUCGAGGAAUAUUUGCUUGCACAUAAAAACGAAUGGCUUCAAAAAAACUUUACAUCCAUCUGGCGUAGAUCCCAAACCACUGAAUUCAAUACGAAACUGAAAUCUUGCUGUCAGCAGGUUAUCUGUGCCAAUCCCAACUGUCUCUUCAAAUCCGAUGAUUUCCUUGAACUUGAUUCGGACUUGUUGGUAUCUAUCCUGAAAUUAGACAAUUUGAAAAUGGACGAAGUAGAGAUAUGGGGUCAUGUUGUCAGAUGGGGCAUCGCACAGGAUCCAACAGUACCAAAGGCACGCGAAUGUUGGACUCGGGACGAUUAUUUGAAAUUAGAAAAGAUUCUCCGUCCAAGUAUAGAACACAUACGAUGGUUUCACAUAUCACCCAUAGAUUUCUUUGACAAAGUAUGGCCGUAUAAAGAUACGUUGCCACCCACGUUAUUAGAUGAUCUUAUUAGAAACCACUUCAAACCAGGGACGACAUUGACGAGUAUUGUAUUGCCACCCAGAAUGGUUACAUUUGACUCUACCAUAAUCAAAAUCGAACAUGUUGCAAGAAUUGCCAGUUGGAUAGAUCGAAAAGAAGACGCUGAUUUUUAUACAUGUGACAAUACGCCCUAUGAUUUCAAGUUGUUGGUUCGUGGAUCCCGCGACGGGUUUGAUGCGGAUACAUUCCAUACGAAAUGCGACGAUCAAGGUGCAACAGUGGUCGUUCUCAAGAUCCGUGACUCUGGUGAAGUUAUCGGAGGUUAUAAUCCUAUCCGAUGGGUGACCGGCAAUGGCCAUCUUAUUACAGAGGAAAGUUUUAUCUAUUCCUUUGGUCUAACUGGUAAAAUAGAAGCUGGUAAAAUUAGCCGCCCACAGAGAACCAACUGCGCAAUUCCGUUGAACGACAGAAAUCAUGGACCUUGUUUCGGAGAUAAAGAUUUGUGGAUGACGAACAAUUUCAAUGAAGAUAGGAAUUGUUGGUGUCAACAAGAUGAUUACGCUAACAGUAUUACCAGUACUUAUAAAUUUUGUGUCGAUGAGUAUGAAGUAUUCCAGGUUGUGCCUAAACAAUUAGUUAAGGGAGCAGAAAGCGUGGCGCAAGAGACAAAUGAAGGAAAUGAAGAAAAUGGUGAAAAUGGUGAAACUGGUGAAAAUGGUGAAAACGCUGAAAACGCUGAAAAUGGUGAAAAUGGUGGAAAUGGUGGAAAUGGUGCGAAUGGUGCGAAUGGUGCGAAUGGUGGAAAUUCGCAAGAUAAUCUAGCACAAAAUAAUGCAUCGACACAGAAUCCGGAUACGAAUACUGAUAAUACUGAUAAUUGA